ACUGACGGCGUUUUGAAACUGGCCGAUUUCGGCUUAGCACGUCAAGCGGAAGGUGGAAAAUACACAAACUGCGUUGUGACGUUGUGGUACAGGGCGCCGGAAGUGAUACUCGGCAAGGGCCAAUACACGAAACAAAUCGACAUGUGGAGUGCCGGUUGCGUGAUGGCUGAGCUUUUCAUCCGAGCUCCUAUUUUCCAGGUAACCUUGUUUCUCUGA